GAACGUUGAGAUAGGGCGGGACGUGCUCGCGACGCCGCUUGCUGCCGGGGAAACGGAGUUCUGAGAGCGUACGGAAUUGUGCCGGUGGACUAGGAAACUCCCGCCAUUUCGACAAGGAAUUAACCUCUUGAUUGAUCCAUGUUACUUUUUCGCACCACUUGAUAAUUCUGUUAUACGACAACAAGAAGCUCCGACAGUACGAACAUGCAGCGAAUACAGUUGAUUAAACGAGAACAGGCCUAGUUAGUUGCAAAGACUUGGGAUUGUACAGCGCGCCAGACCUCCUGCUGAACGGCGCUUUGGCUGUUGCCGCGAGUUCGAUUUCGGUGUUUGCAUCCUUUCAUGUUCAUCCGGGGGAAGCUAAAAGUUUACUAACUAUACCGAGAGACAAGUCCGGCAACCUGUUUUACAUAUUUGCGUGAAACCAGCAUGGCACCGCUACUAGAAGAGAGAAGAAGGAUGCGAUGAGGCGGAUGGCAAGACGCGCACUGUUAUUGUUUUGCAACGAGAUAGCAAUCCAGCCUACUGGCUAGUCAGCUAGCUGCUACACGUUGAGUGCCGGGCCUGCCGGCGGUAACCUGAGAAGAUAUUAUUAGACUCUUGUAUACAUGCUAAGGUCAUAUUAUUGUAUAUCAUUGCACUAGUUUGUUGCUAGAAGAUUUAAGUGUACCGUUGGCACCCGUGCCAUCUGAGGAUUCGAAAUGGCACCGCUUUUAGGCCGGAAACCUUACCCACUGGCUAAGCCGCUAGCCGAGCCACCAGGCCCGGGAGAGGAGAGCUACAUCAUCGAGCACACCAAGGAGGCCUUCAGGAACAAAGAAGAGUAUGAGGCACGCUUGAAGAGGUAUGAUGAGCGCAUCUGGACAUGCAAGAGCACUGGAAGCAGUCAGCUGACACACAUAGAAGCAUGGGAAGAGGAACAAGAAGUCACUGAACUGCUUCAGGAGGAGUAUCCCCAGUGGUUUGAGAAGCCAGUCCUGGAGAUGGUCCACCACAACACUGUGUCUUUAGACAAACUGGUAGAAAUGGCCUGGUUGGAAAUCCUCACCAAGUAUGCUGUGGAUGAAGAGUGUGACUUCCUGGUGGGGAAGGACAAAAGUUUGCAAGUGAAGGUGGUGAAGAUCCAUCCCCUAGAAAACCCAGAGGGCGAGACAGGGGAGAAGAAGCUUGAAGGUGCCUGCGACUCUCCAUCCAGCGACAAGGAGAAUGCAAGUCAGGAGAACCAGAGGAAGGAACCUCCUCCCCGAGAGGAGGAGAACAGGAGGGAGAGUCUCAGUGACCGCGCACGGCGUUCACCGAGGAAACUUCCCACUGCCAUGAAGGAAGAGCGGAAGAGAUGGGGGAUGCCCAAAUUCCUUCCUCAUAAGUACGACGUGAAGCUCAUCAAUGAGGAUAAGGUGAUCAGUGAUGUUCCAGCAGACAGUCUUUUCAGAACGGAGCGCCCUCCAACCAAGGAGAUCAUGCGCUACUUCAUCAGACACUAUGCUCUGAGGCUGGGCAUGGGAGAGAGUGCUCCCUGGGUGGUUGAAGAUGAACUGGUGAAAAAAUUUAACCUGCCCAGCAAAUUCAGUGACUUUCUUCUUGAUCCACACAAGUUUUUAGCAGAGAAUCCCUCCGCAAAGCGCAAGAGCUUGUCGUCUCCAGAAGGUAAACCUAGCAAGAGGUUCAAGAGCCCUGACACACCAGGAGAGGAUUCAGGAAAUGAGAAGGGAGAGAAGAAAAGGAAAAAGAAGAAAGACUCUUUAGGCAUGCCCCUAAAUCCGACCAUUUGGGGCCACAUGCAGAAAAUACAAAUGAAUGGCUCCCCACUCAAGGUGAAGAACUUGGGAACUCCAAAGAAAGGCGAAGGCUCAGCUUCCUCCACUCCAAAAUCAGGCAGAAAGUCCGGGGACAAGAAAGGUGGAAAGAGCGUCCUCAAAGCUUUUAAAAAGGACGGUAAAGCUGGUGCUAAGACACCCAAGAUGAAGCAGAUGACUCUGCUGCAUCUGGCUAAGAGCACGUCUGCUGGGAGCCCAAAGAAGAGAGCCCGUAGUAGUGGCAUGGGUUCGCCUAAACUGGGGAAGCCACUGCACCCGAUGGCUCUCCACCUCCUUCGUUACUAUAAGGAGCACAAGGGCAAAGAGGACAAAAAGAACUCCCUUUCUUCCCUCAUCUCUAAGGCCGCAAAGACCUUGUCUCCGGAUGAUCGAGGCCGGCUGCCAGAGGAGCUCAAGGAGCUGGUGCAGAAACGCUGGGAGCUACUGGAGCAAAAGAAGCGAUGGGCAGCCAUGAGCGAAGAGGAAAAGCAGGAAGAGAUGAAGAAAAAGCGUGAGGAACUCAAAGAGAAACUGCGAGAAAAGGCUAAGGAGAGACGCGAGAAGGAGAUGCUGGUCCGCCGCGAACUAUCGCGCAGAUACGAGGACCAUGAGAUCGAAGGUGGCAAAACCCUGCCAACAUUCAAGCUUGUAGAAAUGCCCGAGGGGUUGCCCAACACCCUGUUCGGUAAUGUGGCUAUGGUCGUGGACUUCCUUCAGUGCUAUGCAGGGCUGUUGAUGCCAGAAGACCAGUAUCCCAUCACAGCAGUGGCUCUGAUGGAAGCACUGGCCGGUGAACGGUCGGGUUUCCUCUACCUGAACCGUGUGCUGGUGGUGCUGCUCCAGACGCUGCUGCAGGACGAGCUGGCAGAAGGCUACAGUGAGCUCGAUAUGCCCUUAUCUGAGAUCCCCCUUACCAUGCACUCCGUGUCAGAGCUGGCACGGUUGUGCCUGCGACCAUGUGACGCCCAUGGCGAGGAGAGCGGCCAGGGCUCAGUGGCCUCGGGGGCUUUGGGAGGCUUUGAUGAUGUGGUGACCAGUGAGUUCUUGGAGAAGCUUGAGACAAUCGAGGUGUUUGAGCUGAGUCCCGAGGAGAAGGUCAGCCUGCUGAUUGCAUUGUGCCACCGCAUACUCAUGACGUACUCUGUUGAAGACCACGUCGAUGCAAUGCAGCAACGGUCAGCUGAAGUGUGGAAGGAGCGUCUGGCAAUGCUGAAAGAGGUCAAUGACCGCAAGAAGGCCGAAAAGCAGAUGCGAAAGGAGAUGGAGGGCAAAGGUGAGAAGAAGAAAGAGGGGAGUGCUAAGAAGGAGAUCAAAAAAGAAGUAAAGGUGGAGCCAAAACCAGAGCCAGAGGACAUGAUCAGCUCAUUGAAGAGCCGGAGACUGAUGUCCAUGCAGGCCAAGAAGGACAAGGAGGAGAUGGACAAACAGAACAAAGAGCGCAUGGAGAAGGAGGCUGAAGAGGAGCGGAUGCGUAAACAGAGGGCUUCUGUAGAAAGGGCCUUUCAGGACGGUAUAACCAAAGCCAAACUUGUCAUGCGCAGGAUCCCACUGGGUACUGACAGAAAUCAUAACAGAUACUGGCUUUUCUCUGACGUGGUUCCUGGUCUGUACAUUGAGAAAGGCUGGGUGCAUGAAAGCAUCGACUACAACUUCACCCCUCCACCCGAGGACAAACCAGCCGAGCCCGAGGUAGAAGAGGAGGAGGACGGUGAGGCGGGCUCUACUCGUGAUUCACAAGGAGCUGAAAAGGAUGAUGGAGCUGAAAAGGAUGAUGGAGCUGAAAAGGAUGAUGGCAGCAUCGAUGGUGCCGUUAGCGAGGGAGCCCAGCAGGGAGCAGCAGCAGACGUCUGUAUAGAAACUACUGUUCCCAACCAAGGACAGAAUCUCUGGUUUGUUUGUGAAAGCCCAGCUGAGCUGGAGGAACUAGUGGAAAGUCUUCAUCCUCAGGGAGUCAGAGAGAGUGGACUGAAGGCGAAGAUACAAAGCAGGUACCAGGACAUCCUCCACUCUGUCCACCUGGCCCGUAAGGGCAAACUGGGCCUCAGGACUUGCGAUGGCUACGCAGAGCUGCUCAAUUAUCUGCGCAGUGACAUCCAGGAAGUAGCCUCACGACUCCACAAGGGAGGCCUGGGAUACCUGGAUGACAACAUAGACAUUGAAAAUCAGUUGAAAGACAUGGAGAGCUUGAAAGACUUUGGCGAAUGCGUCAUCACCAUUCAGGCCUGUGUAAUCAAAAAGUUCCUCCAGGGAUUCAUGGCCCCCAAGCAGAAAAGGAAGAAAAAGCCAGUAGAGGGAGAAAGCAGCAAAGCUGAAGAGGUGGAUGAUGAGAAGAGACUGGCAGAAGAGGCCAGGGUGGCGACAGCGGUAGAGAAGUGGAAGUCUGCUAUCCGAGAGGCCCAGACCUUUUCCCGGAUGCACGUCCUUCUGGGAAUGUUGGACGCUUGCAUAAAGUGGGACAUGUCCGCAGAGAACGCUCGCUGCAAAGUCUGUCGCAAGAAAGUGCUCAGGCAGAUCCCAUCUGUGCUGAAGCUGAUGGAGUCUAGACCCAGAUCCAAACAGGGCAGCAGUGACAGGCUCAGAGCAGAACAGACUUGUAGUGUCAGGCAGGUCUACAUACAGAGCCGGCAGCUCCUCAGGCCAACAGGUCAAUCCUACGACGAUGAGAAACUUAUCCUCGUCUGUGACGAGUGCAACAAGGCCUUCCAUCUGUUCUGUCUGCGACCGGCCCUGUACCGCAUUCCUGCCGGAGAGUGGCUGUGCCCGGCCUGCCAGCCCACUGUGGCUAGACGUGGCUCCCGUUCAAGGAACUACAACCAAGACACAGAUGAAGAGGAGGACGAGGAAGAGUCUGAAGAGGAGGAAUCUGAGGAAGAUGAAGAGGAUGAGGAAGACAAUGACUACAAAGCCAUGGGUCACAGCUUGAGACCAAGGAAGAAAAAUAAGCAAUCUUCGUCUCGGCACAAAAGUUCAAAGAGUAAACCGAAGAAGCAGUCUUCUUCAAGUAGUCAGAGCAGCAGACAGAGGGCCGGCCCCAACAGCCCUGCAGACAUUGAUGAGCUGGUGAGACAGAGUUCCCAAUCAGGAGUGCGCAGGCAGGCGGUGGAGCUGGAGAGGUGCGAGGAAAUCCUCAAGAAACUGAUGAAAUACCGCUUCAGCUGGCCUUUCAGAGAGCCUGUGUCCACGGAGGAGGCAGAGGACUACCUGGACAUCAUCACCCAGCCCAUGGAUUUCCAGACAAUGCUGGGAAAGUUCAGCCAGGGCUCGUAUCGUCACGGCCAGGAUUUCCUGGAAGACUUGAAACAAGUCUUCUCCAACGCAGAGGAGUACAACCACCAGGGCAGCAGCGUGCUCUCCUGCAUGGUCAAGACUGAGCAGUCGUUCACCGAGCUGCUCCAAAAGCUGCUGCCUGGACUCAGCUACCUCCGCCGCCGUUCACGCAAACGCGCCAGCCAAGCCCCUGAAACAUCUGAGGAAGAGGAUGAAGAAGAGGAACCGAAGAAGAAGAAGAUGCAGAAUGGUAAAUCGAACAGGAAGAAAACCAGAAACGUGCGGGGACAGAGGGAAGAGGAGAGCGAGAGUGGUGAGGAGGAUGAGGAUGGCAGGAGGAGAAGUAAGCGGCGCUCUGCCAACUCGGGCAGGAAGGAUUACAGGGAGCAGGAUAGCGAUGGUGAGCGGGACACACGGGAAACUUGUCGGCGGGGGGGCCAGGGCGACGAGGACCGGUCCAUCCAGCAUCUGCGACAUUCCAAGAGACAGAAACGCUCCUGAAGUCCAGGGUGCUUUCUUUCUUUCUUUCUUUUUUUUUCCAUAUCGUCUCUUUGCUUUAAAAUUUCUGUCCCGCUCUUUUAAAAAUGAUCACGAGCCCUCCAUCUCCUCCUCACAGCCAGCGGGACUUAAUCCUCAGAAGGACUUUUUUGUGUUAUUGAAUUUCUGUUCAUAUUUUGAAAAAUGACAAAAGAAAACUGAUUUAUAUUUGUAACUUGUUUAUUAUUGGGGAUAUUAUUAUUUUUUCAACCAAGAAACACGAGACAUAAGUGUAAUUUGACUUAAAUGUUGUUCAAGAGAUGGUGUCCCUGUAGCCGAAACACUGUGGGAAAUCUUUCUUAGAUUAAAAACAGUGCUGGUGUCGAUAUAAGUUCUGAUAUGAAUUUCUCCUGCCACCUAUAAAUCACUCUUACUACUAAGCAUCUUGACACCAAGAUUAUCUUGUCAAUUGCAAGUCUAUAGAUAAACAUGGUAGGAUUUUUACUAGUUUUUUAGUUUUUAUUUUAUUUUAGUUUUCCAACACAGGUGCAGAUUUAUUGUCAAAAGCUGGGUCAAGACGGCAGGUAACGCGUGUUAGUUGCAUCACUUUGGUGCUAAAACAUAACUUUCAUCUCAGCUCUUGGUGCCAAGAUGUUUUGAAAAAACAGGGACCCCGGCUCAUUCUCGUCUCAUUCUUGGCGUGUAAAGCUGACCAGCCUUUCCUCCUCUGUAGUGCCCUGCCACUUUAAAAGAACCGGUACCUCAAUGCUCCGUCGUCAGUUUGCACUCCUCCCGUGUUAAGUGCACCUAUUAUGCCAGCAGCUGCAGGAACAGACUUUAUUGAAAUUAUGUGCAUAAAGAUUUGUAAACGGUGUUUAAAACAACAAAUGUGACGUUUUGUUAAGAAAAUGGGCAUUUUUGAAUAUUUGAUAUUUUUUGCACAUUUUAUUUGGUAUUGUAAAUGAUAACUUGUUGUUCUUAAUCACAUCCAAUAAAUGGUAAGGUCUAACCAGGGCUCUCCUAGUCAAUGCAGAGAACAUGUCAGAGUUGUUUUACUUUUCAUUGUCGCAGCAGAGAUAAUUUAGUCACGUGUACAUUUUGUAACAAACUCCUAAAGUCGCUCAUUUAAAUGGAUUUAGUGACACAAACGUAUUAGUGAGACAAACGGCUCCUGGGAGGCAAAUGAAGGUUUCCCUGCAUAUCCUGGUUCCGUCACCAGGUGGUGCGCUACGCCUGCUCUCUGAAAUACUUGGAAAGCGCUGGGACAAAAGUAUUCAGUGACAGGCUGUUAGCUGGACUGCUGUUCCUCACUGCCUUGUGUGUGUGCACUGGUCAUCAUCAUCAAAACCUUUCUGAUUUUUAUUUGGCCACUGAUUGUUUUUUCCCCCUUCAUUAUUCUCUUUUGUUUAAAUUUGGCUUUGUUUUGUCAUGAUUGUCUCAUUUCAACAUACAAACAAAAGGUGGCUGCCCUUCUCAAGUUGAGACCUGACUGUAAAUGCUUUCUUUGUUCUUGGAGGAACUGCAAAAAGGUCUUUUACUUCCUUUUUUUAUAUAUAUAUUUAUAGUCUCUAAAGCUGGGUUUGGGCAGGUUCAGAGGAUUCACAUGUAAAGAAUUUCCAAUAAAGGCUAUGGACGAAGAA